GUGCGGCAAGAUCAAAUUCGGACUCUGAACACCCUGAAAGUCACUGUUAUUUUUCAUUUUUUUCGAAUCUAUGUGAUAGCAAUUGCAUAACAUGGGGAGCGUAGAAAGGGACAAUGAGUGGGAAUAUGUCGCACCACAAUUUGUAGAUUUUACAACAAAUCCACUGGAAGAUGCAGAUAAUCCAGAUGACUGGUUCGAUGCUCCCUCUAUUGGCGGGAUAGAGGAGGAAUAUUUGGAAGAAGAUGAAGACUAUAAUGUCUGUAAUGGCAUUGAUGUAAUCGAAGAUGCUGAUCAAGUAAUAGAAAAAGCUGCUACCCCUACAACAGAAACCAGAAGGCUGACCAGAUCCUUUGCUUCUACACCUGUCAAUGAUAAAGGACUGCCUGAUGCAUCUGAUGCUAAGAAGACACCAGCAAGACAAAGUACACCUGCUAGGUCCACACCAAGAAGAACACCAGCCAGUAGUAAAGUAGCUACGAGCCCUGAACUUUCUGCCAGUGACGGUACUGAAACAAAAGAUGGACCUGUAGUUACCACAAAUAUAUGCACUGAUCUGGCCCAGUGGAGGACAAAAAGCAAGAAGGAACCACCAAAGACUGCAAAGAACAACACCAAAUCUCAACCAGCCAGAGUUAAGAAACCGCCAACUAAAGGACCUGACAGUGAAAAGUCUGUCCAAAACCCAGAGCAGAGGGGGAGAUCAACUACACUGAAGCGAUCAAGUUCUUUUAGGCGAUCCGCAGAGACCACUAAUCUCUCCAGUUCACUGGAUGGAAAGUCACACACCAGUUUGAAAAGAACAAAUUCCAUGACGAGAUCUACCAGUCAAAAACUUAAUAAUGUGUCAAGUUCAUCUUCAGACACUGGUAAAAACAUGAAACGUAAUCAUUCACGCGGGCUGUCAGCAGGGCGCGCCACCUCCUCAGACAGACAAACACGCCCGAGGUUGAACUCAAAUAGCUCUGAUACAAAGGAGGACAGUUCAGCUCCAGCUUCCAAGAUGCCAAAGCUUACCAUCCCCAACACACCAACCUUCAUGAAGAGGAAGCCUGGUCCAAAAACAAAUGCAGAACAAUACAAGAAAGCUGAAGAGAGAGAAAUGGAAACAAUUGCUAUGAUGAGAAAAGAGUUGGUUAAAAAACGUAAACUAGCCCAAGAGUCAUACAAGAAAGCUAUGACUGGCUCAGCCUGCCAACCUGUUCAUGCUCAUAAAUUGCCAACGAUGCCGCAGGGUUUCCAGUUCCAGACUGACAGUCGUAUUAAGUCUCAUGGGAUGGAGACCCGCAGUGAGAGUAGAGAGAGGGACUUCGUGGAAACCCUUCGUUCCAGCACUGCAACUAAGACGUCUCCCAAACAGGUAGCAAACCAAAAGGGCCCAACCAUCCCUAAACCAUUCAAACUGACCGACUGUAAGAAGCAUAAGAUGGGCAGUAUGGAUGACCUGUCUAAGGCUGAUACCUUCCAGAGUAUGGCUGAAAAGGUGAAGGCCUUCCACAGGCAGACACCAGAACGCUUCAAAUCCAGGGGUCGUAUGUGCAGUGCCAACAAAGGUGAAGGUGUCCGAGGAAGAUCAAGAUCACCAAACAAGGUAUUGACUGUUCCAAAAACUCCACAGUUUGAGACUCGAGGCAGAACCCGGUCUUAUCACAUACCAACUCACCAAGAAAGGGAGGAAGAGGAAGUUCAGGAAAUGGUCAAGAAUCAAUUCAAAGCUCAUCCUGUGAAUGAGAGGAUUUUGACCAACCCUAACACCGGUGUGAGGAAGGUGCCAUCCAAACCUAUAACAACGCCAGAGGAGUUCCACCUUACUGCCCCAGACAGGCGGGCACAGGACAGUUCUACUGAGGAAGAGAAAUUUGAGUUCCACGCCAAACCAUUGCCUAUAAAGAUACUGGAAGGCCCAGUGGGAGUAAAACCAGCGAAACAAGUGGCCCCAACAGUUCCUAAAUCACCUGCAUUUGCUUUGAAGAAUCGAGUACGGAUGCCUGCUGAAAUGGAGGAUUUUAAGAAUGAAUCCCAGGUGAAGGUCACGGCUAACCCAGUACCUCAUGCUGGAGUGCCAUUCCAGCCAAAGCUAGGUCACAAGUGCACUGUUCCAGAGCCUUUUACCUUUGAGGAAAGGGAUCAAGAUGUCAGGGCAAAGAAGGAAGAAAAAAUCAAGGAAAUUUUGGAAGAAGAGAAAAGAGCUAGGGAAUUCCAGGCUCAGAAUUGUCCGAGCCCGACCUCCGACACACUGCCUCAAAAACAACCAAAACCAGCCACUCAGCCACAACCCUUCAACUUUGACAUAGACAAUCGAGGAGCCAAGCGAGCAGAGGAGUGGAGUCGUAAGGCUUAUGGUUUACAGAUUGAGGAGGAGCUACGACAGCAGAGACAACAGGCCACGUUCAAGGCGACCAACAGUGAUGUUCUCAUUAAGAAGCCAUUUGUACCAGCAAAGUCACUCAAACCACUAACAGAUGUAAAUGACUUUGAACUAAACACAGACAAGAGAUCCAAAUCACGGGAAGUGUAUGAACAAAGGAGGAAAGCCCACGAGGCUGAGGCAGAAGCUUUGAAACGCCAAAGGGAAAAACAUCAGGAGGAACAAGAAAAACUGGCCAUUGCAAAACUAAGAGCAGAAAUGGUACCCAAACCUCAACCAGUGAAACGAUUUAAGACCGUGGAAGUUUUACCAAGUGAAAGACAACCCACAGUUCCAAUGUCACCUAAAUUCUCAACAGACAAUCGCCUGCGUAGCAAUGUUCGUGUGUGAUCACCACAAUGGUCCUCUUGUAAAUUUGUAUCAAAGUUUGUGUAUAUCAGUAAAUUUUUAUGAAGGAGCAAUGAUUAUUGGAGUUCUGUGAAAGCCAUUAUGAUUGGACUUGGCCUCAUCAAAUAUGAUUUCCUUUGAAAUGAAUGUGGUAUAAAUUUAAAAAGCAGUUGGAAUUUUAAUUAUAAGUUAGACUCCUUCUAAACAGCUUUAUAACAGUAAAGCUUGUUAGUAUGAAUUAAUUUUUUUCAAGAAGGUUUGCUGUUAAUGAAGAUCUAUUGUAAAGAGACAGAAAAAACUCAUAGGUUUGCUUACGUAAAAACAAAAUUAACAGGGGGGGGGAGGAGCUCCUAUUUCAGGAAAAGAUAAAAACUGUAUGAGACCUGAUUAAAUUGUUUUUGUACCAACUUCUUUAACAACAUCAGUUCUCAGAAUACACAUUUUCUUCUUUGCAACAUCUGUAUCUCGAUUUUCCUGGUAUAGUCGACAACAGCAAUAAACAGCAUUUACUUAUCUUGAAUAUUUAUUUAUUACAUAUAAUUUCCCGAGAAUGAGUUUAGGACACAAGAUAGACAGUAGCUUUGUUGCAUGCACCCCUCCUUUAUAGCAUGUGAAAUAGACAGGAAGUGUACCUGCGACAAGACUACUAUUUUACCUGCUGUAAAGAAAGUUCUUUUAUAGCACGGAAACCAGCAUUACCUUUAAAUAAAAUCAUUGUAAUUUAGUUUUUAAUGAAGAAUUUAAGAUAACCCAGUCUAAGACAAUUCAAGCUAGUGAUCAUUUCGAGAUACAUGUAAAUGUGAAUUGAUCAUUUCGAGAUACAGUACAUAUAAAUGUGAAUACAUUUGAGCAUUUCGAGAUACAGUACAUUAAAAUGUGCACAUAUUUGAUCUUUUCAAGAUACAGUACAUGUAAAUGUGCACAUAUUUGAUCAUUUCGAGAUAUAUCGGCAUGUAAAUUUGCAUUGUUUUAAUCAUUUUUAGAAGCAUAUUAAUGUGUGUCAGUUUCGUACGUUCGAGAUAGAAAUAUUUUCUUUUAUAGAAGAUUAUUAGGCUUGAAAAUGUCUACUGCAGUUGCAUUCAUCCCGUUUCAUUACAUUGAUAGCUGGUAUAAUGAAGCUGCCUGCUGUGAAAGUGGGCCACAGCGCUAGCUUUGUAACAGAACUACCUGUUUGUCUUUCCUUUAUCUUGUGAAAAGACAAAUCUGAUUUUCGAAAAGUACCUUUCACAAUAGUGUUAAUAAUUAUCAUAGUUAUGGCAUGCACUGUUAUACUAGGAUAACAUAACCAGUGACAUUAUAUACAAGGUAUGACAGUUAAAUUUGAAUGAGAUGAGUGUGAGUGAAUGGAAGUUCGAGAUAUAAAUGUAGUUGUAAUAUAGUGUUUACAAUUUUGCACUGAUUUGUAUUAACACAUAAUCAUGCCAGCACUUAGGAAAUGUUAUCAUUAUUUUAGAUUUUGUAUCUUAUUUUUAUGUAUCUGAUUUCCAUAUUUCCUUACUUCUACUCUGUUUCCUUGCUAUUCUCGUGACUCAUUUCUUCAUAUCGAUGGCUAUGUGUGACUUCUGUUGAAUACAAUCGGUACCAAACCAAAUCAUUAGCUCGACUUGUAUAAAGUUUGUACAACAUUUAUUGUCUAUAUAUAGGUAUGAGUACAUAACAAUACUAAAAAAA